AGCCAGUGUAUAAAAGCCACCUCUUUUUCUCGUUGACAUUACACUCUUUGUCCCACAAAAUAACUUCCUCCACUCUCCUCAACUGCAGCGCCACUGUGACAGAAAAUCGAAAUAAAAAUGUCAGAUUUGGAAAAUUCUAUUGCCACCAUCAUUGAAGUUUUCCACAAGUACUCGGAGAAAGAAGGAGACAAGCAUAAACUGAAGAAGAGCGAACUAAGAGACCUGAUCAACAACGAGCUAUCAAACUUUUUGGGGCACAUUAAAGACCAGGCCACGAUAGACAGUUUGAUGGAGAGCCUGGAUGCCGACGGAGACUCGGAAUGCGACUUCCAGGAGUUCAUGACUUUCAUCACCAUGGUUACCAUCUGUUGCCACGAGUUCUUUGAACACCAUGAAGACGAGUAGGUUUGAAGGGGGGUAAAUGGCCUAGUUUAACAAGAUGAAAGUAAUGUAAACCUUUUUUAACACACAUUUGUUUUGCAUUUAUUUGUAGUAAUUUAAAUGUGCCUUAUCUCAUGUUGCAUUGGAGUCUUUAUUUUAUUAUCUCACCUUCAAUAUUGUUCAGUGGAAACUGGAGUCCCUUCCCACCAUCCCUUGUAUGCAGUGGAUACUAAUGCUUCCAUGGUGUCAUUCAGUAGUGACACUCAAAUGUACAAUAAAAAAGAGUGACAACAAAUGCCUUUGGUCUGCACAUCUGCCUGUGUGGCAUCUACAGUUCCAGUUAACAAUAAGAGGCAACAAAAAUGAAUACAUUUUAUACAGUAAAGAUAUAGAUAUAGUUACAACACAAGGGGGUGGGGUUUUCAUAGGAAACAUAAGCAAUUUUACAUUUCAAAUAAACAAAUAUAUUUCAUGAACAUAAUUAGACAUGUUUGUCACAAACGGGAAACUAAAGGAAACACAAAGCAACAAUCAUCAGCUGUGGCUUAUCCAUCAAUUAGUUUGUGUUUAUAAUUGUAUAAAGCCAUUUACAAGCAGGUUACCACACGGACCUUCACUAUGGACAAUGCAAAAUCAUAAUUUAUAAACAUAAAUUGAAUUCUACAGUGGAGCCUCUACACAAUAUCGACAAUACACAUCUCAAACCACAGCAAGAAGACUGCGCAUUCAUAACAUUUUUAGACAUGAAUUUUGCUAACCUGUCUGCAUGUAGAGAUGCAAUGCCUAGAAAAAGAUAUAUCUCUGUUGUAUUUAAUCUCAUAUCAAGCUUGUAAGCAAAAUUGGGUGACAUUAAAAGUAAGGAAUUCUA